AUGGCAGUGGCAGGCUGGUCGUCAUCUUGGAUCUGCGGUGGAGAGGACAUCGGGCAGCUCACUGUCGCGUCCCCGUGCGUGCAGAGGACCAUCAUAGACUGUGUCAAUGUGGUCCUGCUCGUCGCGUACGUCUCCACGCUGACGGCCGCCUGCGUCAGGCAGCGGCAGUGCGCUGCAGCUGCAAGCAGCAGGAGCGGCGCUCCUGGGUGGGUGCUGCUCGUCGUCUCCACGUGCUGCGUGGCGGCUGCCGUGGCGUACGGUGUCACCGAUCUCCAGGACACCUCCGACGUCAAGGCGGCGGUUCCUUACUUCGUCAGGGGCCUGGUCUGGAUCGCGCUGGCGGCAUCGCUGCAUGUCCAGCCGACGAGGCCGGCGAGGGCCGUGGCCGUGCUCUGGUGGGCGCUCUUCUCGCUGCUGGUCACCGUGUACAACGCGGAGAAUCCUUGCCAGGGGCCACAGCGGCCUGGACCUCGCGGAGAUGAUCGCGUGGCCGGUCAACCUCCUGCUGCUCUGCGCCCUCGGCUCCCUGCUGCCGCGGGACCACGGGCACCACCAACGGGACGCAUCCAAUGGCAGCAGCGGCUUGUCGGAGCCUCUGAUCGGCAAAGACCGAACCGUGCCAACCUCGGAGCUGUACCGCACUGGCCUAUUCAGCCAGCUUGCCUUCUCUUGGUUGAACCCUCUGCUCCGUCUCGGCCGUUCCAAGGCUCUGGACCUCAAGAUAUCCCGCUCAUCGUCGACGAGGACACCGCCCACCACACAUCGCGGAAGUUCAGCGAGGCCUGGAGCCGCCACGUGAGUGACAAGGCCAGGAGCCGCCAGAGCGUGGGCAGCAACAGCCUCGCCCUUGUCUUGUACAAGUGUUUCCUCGGCGAGAUCCUGUUCACCGGCUUCUACGCCUUCAUGAGAACGGUGUCCACAGCAAUUGCCCCCUUGCUGCUCUUCGCGUUCGUGUGGUACAGCAACCAGGAGGAGCGAGACCUCCGGGUCAGCCUGGCCCUUUUCGGCAGCCUGCUGCUCACCAAGCUCGUUGAGUCGUUGUCGCAGCGGCACUGGUUCUUUGACUCGAGGAGAACUGGGAUGCGUAUCCAGUCAGCGCUGAUGGCGGUCAUCUUCUGGAAGCAGCUCAGGCUGUCCAGUCAGGGGAGGAGCAACCAUUCCACUGGCGAGAUCAUCAACUACAUUGCGGCGGAUGCAUACCGGCUUGGCGACGCCAUCAGCUGGCUGCACAUGGGGUGGAGCUCGCCACUUCAGCUGGUCUUUGCCGUUGCCACGCUCUUCUGGGCACUCAAGCUUGGGGCUCUUCCUGGUCUAGUCCCCCUAGUCAUCUUUGGCUUCCUCAACGUGCCAUUCGCGAAAAUGCUGCAAGGGUACCAGGCCAAGUUCAUGGUUGCACAGGACGAGAGGCUCAGGUCGACGUCUGAGAUACUUAACAGCAUGAAGAUCAUCAAGCUGCAGUCAUGGGAAGACAAGUUCCGCCACACGAUCGAGUCACUCAGGGACGGGGAGUUCAAAUGGCUGAGACCCAAAUGA